AAUUGAUAUAAAAGCCUGGCUUUGCUUAAUACAUGGCUUAAGUGAAAGGGGAACUCGAGAACCGGCUGUCAGUCACGAUAUACUGGUUCGCGAUAAAUAGUAGGUUCCCUUGCCUUGAUUAGAGAGAAAUUUAAGUAGAAAAUCACGCAAAAAAAGUCUUUCGAGGAUUACAAUAAAUUUGAUCUUGUAUUGAAGUGAAAAGUGUUUAUUUGUUCAGUCAAUAUGGGAAGCAGUCAAUCAGCUUUGAAUUUCGGUGCUGGGCCAGCCAAAUUGCCCAGAGAGGUCCUUGUAGAGGUUCAAGGAGAACUACUAUCUUAUCAGAAUUCCGGAAUGAGCUUGAUAGAAAUGAGUCACAGAUCGAAAGAAUACGGACAAAUUAAUAAAAGCGCCCAGGAUUUAGUGAGAGAAUUACUGAAAGUUCCAGACAACUACAAAAUUCUCUUUAUUCAAGGAGGUGGUAUGGGAGGUUUUGCGGCAGUAGCCAUGAAUUUCCUAAACAGAACUGGUACUGCAGAUUACGCAGUGACAGGUACUUGGUCCAAUAAAGCUGCCAAAGAAGCUGAGAAAUACGGCACUGUAAAUCUAGUGUUUCCUAAAGCCGACAAACCUGGUAGCAUUCCUGAUCAGAGCACUUGGAACUUGAACCCUAAUGCUUCAUAUUUCUAUUACUGUGAUAAUGAGACUGUCGACGGUGUUGAAUUCCCUUACAUUCCUGAAACAAAUGGAGUUCCUAUUGUUGUAGAUAUGUCUUCAAAUAUCAUGACUAGAAAAGUGGAUGUAUCAAAGUUUGGUUGUAUAUUUGGUGGAGCACAAAAAAAUAUAGGACCUUCUGGAGUAGUAGUCGUAAUCGUCAGAGAAGAUCUUCUAGGGAAUGCAAUGAAAAUCUGUCCAUCGGUAUUCAAUUUCACACAAGUACAUAAAGAAAAUUCGGUUUUGAAUACACCUGCAACAUUUUCAGUCUAUGUAAUGGAAAAAGUCCUUCAAUGGAUCAAGAAAAACGGAGGUGUAGAUAACAUGGAAGUCCAAUCAUCAAGAAAAAGCGGACUGCUCUAUGAAGCAAUGAAGGCCUCAAACAAUUUCUACAGUAGUCCAAUUGACAAAAACUGCCAGAGUAGAAUCAAUAUCCCGUUCCGAGUAGGAGGUCCUCAAGGCAAUGAAGAGUUGGAAGAAAAAUUCUUGGUAGAAGCUGAAAAGAGGUUCAUGUACCAAUUGAAAGGUCACAGAUCUGUGGGAGGUAUCAGGGCAUCAUUGUAUAACGCUAUCACUUAUGAAGAUGUAGCCCUUUUGGUUAAGUUCAUGAAAGAAUUUCAAGCUCAAAAUCAAAAGUGAAUUUGAUAAAUCAAUUUGAAUAAAUUGUUCAGGACGAUUUUUGUAUUAUUGUAUAAAAUGUAUUAAGGUAACAAUUAUCCCAUUAUUCU